CUCGUUCUUUAAGCAUAGACAAAAACCAGCAACAAGCAAGUGUGAAGUGUGCAAUGUUACUGGUUGCCGUCUAAGCUCACUUGGUAUUCAUCUUUGAAGGCGAACGUCGUCGUUUGCGUUCCGUAUUCAUCAAAUGACUUCAGCGACUUUAUCGUUGUGCUCAUGCUCUUACAUGGCCUCGCUCUCGAUUCCAACACUUUCUCCUCGCGCUAUAAUUUGUUUCACCGUAAAAAACAAAAACUCUCCACAAUUCCUUUUCAAUGGACGGCUAAAUCAUCACCAAGUCAACAGGCAGAACAUCUUCAUCCGAAGCACCAAUGGGUACACCGCCGCCAGCGGGGUUUCGGCGGAAGAGUUGGAUUCUCAGAACGGUUCAAGCAGCACUCGCGAAAUGGGUAACCAAAAUUGGGACGGGUCUCAGCGCGAGUUGAUACUCAAAGGUGGCGAACAGGUCACCUCUGUUCUCGAAGAGAUGGCCAAGCUCCUGGAAGACAUGCAUAUGGAUGAAGCAUCCCAGGAAGUUGCUUUCCACUUGGCUGCACAGGGAGUCAUUGGCAAAAGAGUGGAUGAAAUGGAGGCAGGGUUUAUGAUAGCCCUGGAUUAUAUGAUCCAGACUGCUGAUAAGGAUCAGGAUGAGAAGCGCAAGUCACUCUUGGAGGUGGUGAAGGAGACUGUGUUGUCUCAUCUAACUAAAAAAUGCCCCCCACAUGUUCAAGUUGUCGGCCUACUCUGCAGAACUCCCAAGAAAGAAAGCAGACAUGAGUUGCUUAGACGUGUGGCUGCAGGUGGUGGAGUUUUUAAAAGUGAAAAUGGCACAAAAGUUCAUCUUCCUGGGGCUAAUUUAAAUGAUAUAGCAAACCAGGCUGAUGAUCUUCUCGAGACUAUGGAAACACGCCCUGUUGUUCCUGAUAGGAAGCUACUUGCAAGGCUAGUUUUGAUUAGAGAAGAAGCUAGAAAUAUGAUGGGAGGUGGAAUACUUGAUGAGAGAAAUGACCGUGGCCUUAACACACUUCCUGAAUCAGAGGUCAACUUUUUAACUAAGCUUGUUUCCCUUAAACCAGGGAAAACCGUUCGUGAGAUGAUAAAAAACGUGAUGGAAGGGAAAGACGAAGGUGCAGAAAGUCCAGACAGUAACAAAGAGAGUGCUGGUGGUCAAAAUAAGUCUGGUGGAAUUGCCGGAAGGGGCAGUGUCAGUGGCAAUCAACCUUUGCCUGUACGCCCUGGCAUGUUUCUUGAAACUGUUUCGAAGGUUUUGGGAGAAAUAUAUGUGGGAAAUAUCUCUGGGGUUACAGCACAGCAACUUGAAUGGGUUCAUCAGAACACACUUCAAAUUCUUCAAGAAGUUGCAUUCUAAUCCAUUUGACCACAUCAAGCUGUGAAGAGUUGAUUUUCAUGCAGUGGUGGCAUUGGCAAAUCUACAGUUAGGUGAAUUAUAUUUCCUGCUACAUAAAUUUACAAAAUAUAUGCUAGUGUAAAUUAUACCCUGUGUGUGAAUACUUAUCUGCACGUGUUUAUACUCACACAUGCACAAAGUUGCCACUCAAUAGAUAUGCAUCUGUUUGAUUGAAUUCCACCCUUUUUAUGAAUAUUUUCUUAUAACGCUAGUAUCAUGAUAGGAUGUACUUAGUUAACAAAGUGUAGCACAUGUUGCAAUUAAUUUACUCAAUGAAACAAGUACACUAUAAUUGUGUAGAGUCAACAUUUUUGAUGUGUUUGGUUGGAGCACAUUAUUUGUUU